AUGUCUCGAUAUCACUUCGAGGUAUUGACGUGUGAGUCGUGUAAGUCGUUUUUUAGAAGAAAUGCACUCAAAAAUGCGCAUAAAUACAAUUGUUUUUUGGGCGGAAAUUGCAAUAUAAGUGUGAAAAGUAGGAAACGAUGCAAAAGCUGUCGUCUGAAUAAGUGUUUAGCCCUCGGAAUGAAAACCAGUUUAAUAUAUUCUGAGAAACGGAAAGAACUUCGAAGACAUGCUGUGGAAGAGAAUCACCGAAAACGGCUAAUGAAAGCCAAUAAGACAUUAAUGGAUACCCAGUCUAACAAUAGCUGUACAUCCGAUACGGUGUUAAACGGGUCCGAAAUUUCAUUUGAAAGUCUAGUGGAAAACACAUUAAAUAGUGAUAUGAUUAGUGAUGAGAGCACACAAUCUUAUGAACAGGAAGUUUACUAUCAAAACAAUACAGAGAGUAAUGAAGUGACGGUUGAUAUAUCUGAACAAUCAGUGAUACCAAUUGCCCGACCGAUCAGUGAUUACAGCAAUACUUUCAAUGAAUUAGAAGGCAAUCGAUUGACUGAAUUGUUGUCUGCCGUAAAACACAUACAAAUACCAACUUUUAAUACCGACUCUACACAUGUUAAGGAUAAGACUGAGCUCUGGACUAUAGUUAUGGCUCAAAACGAGUGGGCGAUUAAACACAUAAUACAAAUGUCUAAAUCAUUGCACGGAUUCACAAACCUCUGCGAAACGGAUCAAUUAAUUUUGAUUAAAUACUCGGCCAUUGAGAUCGAUGUCUUAAGAAUGAUCAUGGCAUUUAAUUUUAGCGAUAGAUGCUUCACUGUUAAUGCUAAUGAAAAGUCCUACGUGUGUCAUAUUGAUAUGUUUAAACUACUGCCAGUGUAUGCCCGAGAGAUCCAUAGGUAUAACAAGUUAUAUCUGGAAAAUAUGGGUCUCGACUGGGAAUCGGAUACUUUGAUCAUUGAUUUGUUGUCGGCAGUACUACUGUUUAAUCCAAACCGACCAAAACUAGUCAAUAAAAACAUGAUAAAACACCAACAGAAUCUAUACGUCUAUUUACUCCAACGGUUAUUUAUCAAGAAGUAUCAAUAA